ACUAACAACACUAACAAAGUUAGCUUUACUUGUGGAGUUAAUAAGACAUUCGACAUACUUUAGCUACACCAAAGAAAAAAACAACCGGAGGUUGCAGUUUAAAGCACCAGCUACCAACUAGCUAGCAGUUAGAAGCUAAAGGAAGACAUUCACCUUCGUAUGAUGUCCAGCACCGGCGGAAGGGAAGAUGUUUUACAGCAGGUCAGCCACUUUUGGGUCAUGCUGGACGACUUGUCUCAAAGCGACCCAGCAGCGUACCGCAAGUUCAUAGAGGAACAAAUGAAGAGAGGAGCUGAAUUCAACGCACCGCCUGAGCUCCAUUCGUGUGUGCGAACUCAGAUACUGGAGCCAAAGCCAGGUUUGCUCUACAUUAACAUUUGCAGCUGGAAGCGUGUGCCUGCGCCUCAGGAUCAGAGCAGCUCCCUUCCUUUGUGCGGAGGAAAACUAGAGAGAUGCAACGGCGAGGACCAAGGUGGCUGCUGUUUCGCUGUGCUGGAUGUGGCGCUAAAUCCUUCAGUGCUACAGAAGAGGAAAGAGGAUAAAGUAGAUAUUAAUAAUAUCUAUAUGCUGGCCCUGAGCUUUGCCCAGCAACAGCACGGGAUGUCGUUAUCUCAGGAGUACAGCGUCGUCAGCCGCAGUCCGAAAGGUAACCCGGACGACUUACAGUGUCGGCUCGGCUUUCAGAAGCUGCCAAUCAUCUCCAAGCAACUGGAAACAACCAGUCAGACUCCAGCCGCCCUCCUGCGACAGAUCUCCUCUUCUCAGCGAUCGGAGGAGGACAGCGCGGCCCAAAUCAUUUGCAGGCCGGUGGAGCAGACGAAGGCGAAUUUGAUCCAGGUCAUUUCCAGCACUUUCCAGGGGCCUCAGGAGCCCGAGUAUGUGGUGGAGGUGAAGAGCGAUGUGGCGGGAGUCCCUCGCAGCGUGGAGCUGACAGUGGAGCUGCCGAAAGUUCGUUCCAUGUCAGAGUGCCAGCUGAGAGUGUCCAAGGAGGAUGUUCUUCUAGAAGUGGAAGAUGUUUACCAUUUGCUUCUGGAGUUUCCAAAAACAGUAAACGAGGACACGGCCGCUGCCAUUUUCAACAAGAAGAAGCGGAGGCUCACGCUGACAGCAGCUGUUUUGUGACCAAUUAAUUUCAGCGAGAAAAGGGAGAGGAGUUCGCCAGGUCACGCAUGUAAGGACUGAACUCUCACAGCAACAGAAAACACACCUUAAGAAGCGCACUAUCCAAUGCAGUCAGAAUUAAGAGCGCGUACUGUGGGAACAUAUGUCGUGCUUCAAACUAAAAUCUAACAAGCUGUUUUGAUUGUAGUUUGAGGCAGAGCUGUAAAUUGAUCUAUUUUCAGAAUGUUCUACAGAGAAAUGUGUUAGAUUGUCCCGGUGUGCUAUGUUGGCUGAUGUGCAGGAACAAGUUUAAAUCCACUGCCUACCAAAAGAUUUAUUAACAUCAAUAACAAUUUGUGUUCUGAAGAACUACAUGAGGAAUGUAUGUUUUAGUUUUAUUUUGUGAGAGGAUUUUUGAUACUAGUGAUCUCCGUUGAACAAUAAGCCUAUGGCAAAAACACAAAAUCUAAUAUGUCCGGUUUAGUUUCUAGUGCAAAUGUCUUACUACACUUGAAAUA